AUGGCUAAAGAUAUUGAAGUCUCUACCUCAGAAGCCAAGUUUACUCUGGAGGCUUUAAGACAGAAUUGUCGUCUUGAUGGACGCGCGUUCGAAGAAUUUCGCGACGUUGAGAUCUCUUUUGGUAAAGAGUACGGCGAUGCGACUGUUAAGAUGGGUAAUACGAUAGUUCAGUGCCGAAUCAGUUGCCAGAUCACACAACCUUAUGAAGAUAGACCGUUGGAAGGCCUGUUUCUGAUUUCAACGGAGAAUUCGCCCAUGGCGGGACCUCAGUUCGAAAAUGGCAACAAUACCGGUGAAGAUGAGGUACUUUGUGCGAGGAUUAUUGAGAAAGCAGUUAGAAGAUCUGGAGCUUUGGACGUCGAAGGGCUCUGCAUUGUUGCUGGGAGCAAGUGUUGGGCCGUGCGGGCCGAUGUUCACUUUCUGGACUGCGAUGGUGGGUUCAUAGAUGCAUCCUGCCUAGCGGUGAUGACAGCCCUGUUGCAUUUCAGGAAACCUGACAUAUCUGUUUUGGGCGACAAGGUUACUGUACACCCGUUUGACGAAAGAGAACCAGUUCCACUGGGUAUAUUGCAUAUUCCGAUCUGCGUAACGUUUUCUUUCUUUAACCCUCAGGAUACGGAAGAGAACAUCAAAGGUGAGUCGAAUGCAGAAAUAGCCAUCAUAGAUGCAACAUUAAAGGAAGAACUUUUGCGAGACGGUGUUUUGACUGUGACACUGAACAAAAACAGAGAAGUCGUUCAGGUAUCUAAGGCUGGUGGAUUACCAAUGGAUGCCUUGUCGCUUAUGGAGAACUGUCACAAAGCAUACGCAAUCACGGAGCGUCUCACCGAUCAAAUUCUGGAGGCGGUUAAGAAGGAUGAUGAACGGAGAAAUAAAUUCGCCAAAAUGCUGAGCGCAGAAAAUGCCCGUGAAACUUGA